AUGCCUUAUAACGCCCUAUCCGUCAGCGUCGCAGUGACACCCACUAUAAUCUCAACAUUUCUAUCCCAUUAUACAAAUCGCAAAGCCAAUCGAUCGAAGCCUACGGCACGUAUUUCCUACCAUCAAGGUCUUCGUAUCAUUCGCGAAUUCUUAUACCACUCCUCUCUCCAUACCGUUGAACAAUUGCAGACUUUCACGUCCCAGUGGGUCCCUAGCCCUAGGUGGAUAAAGGUAGAUAGGGUUAGAAUUCCCGACGACCAUCUGGCAUCAGCAGCAGACCUCAUUAUUAUCCAACUGGGCUCUGAAGGGCUGUCACAGGUUGGAGGCAACAAAUGGUGGAAAUGGAGGGGGAAAAAGCCCUCGCUUGAAGGGGAGUGGGUAGAAAUGCAGCGCGAUUUUGCCGACCGGCAACGGCAAGGUGUCCGUUGCAAUCGAGUGAUGCUAUAUAUACAUGGGGGAGCAUACUAUUUUGGGAGCCUGAAUUCACAUCGAUAUCAGAUACAGAGACAUGCAAGGAAAUUGAAAGCUAGAGUUUUGGCUCGUAUCAUGGUGACUCUUCGCGAUCAAAGAAUGCCGUUACCUGCGGGUUCCAUCCUAAUAUCUCCAUGGGUUGACCUAACGCACUCAUUCCCAUCUGUGGCCGGUGACGGAGCUGGGGAUUAUAUUCCUCCCUACGGUUUCAUGCACCGUCCUUCUAUAUCAUGGCCUCCUCCAAACUCUGACGAAUUGGAUGCCAUUACCAAGGCGGGGGAAGCUGCCCGAGUUGAUGGGAGCUUACGCACUUCAAGCCCUACCUCGAGCAGUGCCAAGGAUGCUAAGGCUGCUGGACGAGGUUCCUAUCGUCGGACACCGUCGGUAAACAGCAAGUCCACCUCCGUGGGAGGCCGGUCUUACGUCUCCUCAAUAUCUCAACCUCAUGAUAUAUUCCAUAAUCGAAAUCGCCCCCUGGUGGUCGAAAUCGAUGGAGAACUCGUUGAAUUGAAGGAUCAGAUCCAUAUGUACACCACAAAUGAAUUGCUCUCACACCCGCUUGUUUCCCCUGUCCUCCAGCCAUCAUUGGGCGGGUUGCCCCCAAUGCUGGUCCUUACCGGGAGCGCAGAGCUCCUUCGUGAUGAGCAAAUUUAUCUAGCCCAUAAAGCUGCUGACCCAACUUACUUCCUACCAAGCGAGGAAUACCUAGACCGUCACGAUCCCGACCGCCGGGCUAUAAAUAGAUAUCCGCCAACGUUCGUCCAACUCCAAGUUUGGGAUGGUCUUUGUCAUGUUACCCCUACUCUCAGCUUCACUCGCCCUGCAAAGUAUAUGUUUCGAUCGAUAGCCCAAUUCGGAGCUUGGGCGUUGGCUCGAGCCCAGAAGAGAGGCAUUGAUAUUCCUAGCCAUGAAUCGGAGAUUUCAUCAAGUGAAUCUGAUAACCUGCACACAUCGGCUCAGAAAAGCGCGCCACCCAGCCCAUACUCAGGCUUCACUACGAUUGGGAAGGCUGGCGAUCCUCUUCCCCCAUUCGAGGACUACAUGAUCCGCCAACGGGUUGAUGACAAAGGUAACAUAUAUCCCUUAGCAGCGCGAUCCCAUCUUCCUGCCCUACAAAUGCUGCCCGAGGAAAUUGGUGUCCCCAAACCAGGCCCAGUGUCAAAGUGGCUGAGAGCCAAGGAGGCAUGGGAUAUUAAGUUUGCAAAGCAGAAAUCAGCUGUGCAGCAACAAAGGCUGCAAGAGAUUAAACAGGGAAUUGGCGUAUUUCGACAUGGUGAAUAUCCUCCGCCAAGUUCAUUGGCAUCGAGAAAGGACACUUUUGUUGCCUAUGAAGAGGGAGAACAUAAAACGAACCGCGCUAUGUGGCUAUGGAGUCGCAUGGCAGGAAAACAUGAUACGGAGGCUAUAGAAAAGCCGAAAACAUCAGGAGGAAAGGAUAUUCGUGUUAAUCCGAAAUCAAGUGUGCCCAAAUCACUCUCUAGAAAGGUUUCGCUGCGGGAAAAAUUUUUGCCACGAGUCAAACGAAUACAGAGCCACUCACGUCAAUCGCAAACCGUAUUGGAUCUUGGUCAGGCGUCCGAAUCAUUUCCAAUGAUUGAGCCUCCCCCACGUUCUGCGAAAAGAACUAGCGCACAGGUAGGUCUCGACGCGACAACUUCCGGCCUACAGCCGCCAGAAGAAUUCCAGCCGGGAUUUUCCGCUGGUCCUCGGUUUCUGAAUCACGACCGAUAUGCCAGACGGCCCUCGUCCGUAUACACGGAUGACGCAAGUGCAAGGUCAAUAAAAAAAGAUGCGGAGGGCGUUAUUUCUCCGCUCUUCAGCAGAUCGAGGCCAGACAUGGGAUUUAAAACUCCACGUGAGACCCCGGAUACAUCUGUAAUCCCUGACCCACCUGUCCCAGAGCAGAAUGUCAUGGAGAGCAUUGGUGGUCAGUUUGACGGUGAGCGGAGUGAAAUCGCAUGUGCCUCUCAUGGCCAGUUGCCCGUUGAGCGGGAGGCCGCGAUAGGCGGCGAUGUCAGCGAGGAUACACAUGGCGUUCAGCUAUUUGGACGCAAAAAAGGGAAGUCCAGGUAUGACUUUGAAUUGGCUAGAUAG